GAAGAAGAAAGCAGCGUAAGCCAUCCUUCCAACAGAAGUUCUUUGCCAGUCAUUUCCACUCACUGAGAAGAUGUUCCCAGGGAGAAUCUUCUGCCUGGUCCUGUGUGGACUGGGCACUGCCUGGGCAAUUAAAGAGGAAGGAACCUUCAUAGCUGAAGGAGGAGGCAUUCGGGGUCCCAGAGUUGUGGAACACUCAUCAUCCUCCUGCAGAGAAGCUAACUGGCCCUUCUGUUCUGAUGAAGAUUGGACAUAUAAGUGCCCUUCUGGCUGCAGGAUUCAGGGACUGAUCGAUGAGACCAAUGAAGAUUUUACUAAUAGAAUCACCAAGAUCAGAAACUCGUUGUUUGAUUACCAAAAGAACAACAAAGAUUCUAGCUCAGUAAGCAGGAACAUCAUGGAGAUUCUGCGAGGGAACACAGCCAAUGACUUCAAUAAUGGUAAUUCAUUUGGCCAAGUAUCAGAUGAUCUGAGGAGAAGAAUUGAAACGUUGAAGGUCAAAGUGAUUGAACAAGUACAAAAAAUUGUUUCUCUGCAGAACAGCAUCCGUAAUCAGUUAGUACAGAUGAAGCAACUCGAGGUGGACAUUGACAUCAAGAUCCGAUCCUGCAAAGGGUCCUGCAGUAGGUCUUUAGCACGGGAAAGCAACAUCAAGAGCUAUGAAGAGGAUCAGAAGCAACUUGAGCAGGUGGCUUCCACCAACUUAUUCCCCAAAAGAGAGGUCCAGUACUUGCCCAACUUGAAAAUACAGCCUAUGAAAGAUCUGUUUCCUGAGAACUACAAAUUUGAGCUUAAGGAAGCUCCCCCCGAGUGGAAGGCCUUAAUGGAAAUGAGACAGUUGGAAAUGGUUUUGGAAGUACCAGGCAGAGACAGGAAUUCCCCAGGAAGUUCCUCCCCUUCUGGAACAGCCUCAGGGUCUGAAAGCCCCAGACCUGGAAACAACAGACCAGAAAGUUCUGGGAGUGGAAGUUUUGGAACCCACAAUCCUGGAAGCAGCGGAUCGAGGCCCAGAGAGAACCCUGGAUUUGAGAACUUCAGGCCUGACAGUUCAGGGCAUGAAACCUCUAGGCCUGCAAACCCAGACUGGGGUAACCACGAUUGGAGCAGACGUGAAGAGUCAUCGGCGAGUGAGAGCUCAAGUAGAGGAGGAGGUUUCCAUACCGGCAAGCUUGUUUUGGGAGGAGAUAAAGAGUUUGUACUGAGUGGAGAAAAGGACACUUCUGGUACCAGAACCACCACCCGCCAUGCUUGUUCCAAAACUAUUACCAAGACUGUGGUGGGUCCUGAUGGCAGAAAGGAAGUGACCAAAGAAGUCGUCAACUCAGAGGAUGGCGCUGAUUGCGGGGAUAUACCAGAUUUUAAUUUUGAGCGCCCUGAGGGAAGUUCAUUUUCUUUCACUGGUUUAGGGAGUUUAGAUGAAUUCCGGCGUCUACAUCCUGAACAUGCUAAAUUCUUCGGCUCUGGAUCAACUGAUUCCAUGUUCCAUAGUUCCACUCACCGAGGAGAUUCUAGUUUUGGUUCAGAGACAUCGAAGGGAACUAGCAGUAAGGUUUCAGGAUCACAUCUGAGUGAUGGAGACACUGAUAACUUAGAUUCAUUUACCUUUAGGGAACCUGUCUUUUCCCCUCAAAGUGAAGGGAGCACUAGCUCAAGUCACAGAAAAGUAGUGACCAGUAGCAAGACUUUCAGCAAAGGAAGCAAGAGCUUGAAAAUGGCUGAUGAAGCUGAUGGAGAGACCCAGAGAGAGGAAAGAACAUUCAUCCAAGCUCGUAGUAGCAAAAGAAGUCAUGUUAGAACCCGCAGUGCUCGAGGUACCCACAAAUUCUUCAGCUCUGGUUUUUCUCUGAGACAAAGCCUAUAUGAAAUGUCCUUUUUUUUGCAUAAGUUCUUACUUAAUGUAUAUCCUGGGAGGCCGGGAUCUGUUUUAUUUUUAUCUGGGCCCAGGCCUGACUUUAGAACCUUGACUGAGCAUAACUUCUGCCAACCAGCUCAAAUUUUCUUUUUAGACUGUGAUGAUGUCCUGCAAAUACAUACUUCAGGUGUUCCAAGUGGUCUUUUCAGUGUCAAGCCAGCAGGAUCCAGUAAGUUUGUUUCUGUUUACUGUGACCAAGACACCGGUUUGGGAGGAUGGCUUUUGAUCCAGCAGAGAAGUGAUGGAUCAUUGAAUUUUAACCGGACAUGGCAAGACUACAAGAGAGGUUUCGGCAAGGUCAAUGGCAAAGGGGAAGGAGAAUUCUGGCUAGGUAAUGAAUACCUCCACUUGCUCACUCAAAGGCAGUCUGUCCUUCGGGUAGAGCUGGAGGACUGGGAUGGGAAUGAAGUGUUUGCUGAGUAUAACAUCCAAGUUGGCUCUGAGGCAGAAGGAUAUGUCCUAAGAAUUUCCUCCUAUGAGGGAACUGCUGGGGAUGCACUGAUUGAAGGUUCUGUGGAGGAAGGGACUGAGUACACAUCUCAUGCCAACAUGCGAUUCAGCACCUUUGAUCAGGACAAUGACCAGUGGGAGGAAAACUGUGCUGAAAUGUAUGGAGGCGGCUGGUGGUACAACAAUUGUCAGGGGGCCAAUCUAAAUGGUAUCUACUACCCUGGAGGGCCUUAUGAUCCAAGAGACAAUAGUCCUUAUGAGAUUGAAAAUGGAGUGGUUUGGAUCCCCUUCCGAGGGUCUGACUAUUCACUCAGGACUGUACGCAUGAAAAUCCGACCUCUAGAGACCCAGGAGCCAGAAUAGGAGGAAGGGGGGAAACAAGAUGUUUCAUUAGUCUGGUGCUUUGGGUUGUGGAGUUGAAAAAGAAAAAGGUGGAUGGAAGGAGAAGAUGGGGAUGGGUCUUUAUGAGUUCCAAAAAAUCCCAGGUGCUAUUUGAUUCCCUUUGUACUGUAGCUAAAUGCAACUGAGAUAUAUUUGUACUUCUAAAAUAAAGUUUUUUGAUAUUUUUCAU